AUGGGAAAGUCAACUUCAGUCACUAGCACAGCCAGAGAAUCCGGAGGCGAUAGCCUCUCCCAUACAGAAAAUGGAACGGUCAUUGAAUACCACGAAACUAAACGUGGUCUUUCUUCUCGCCAUGUGCAGUUGAUGGCCAUUGGGGGAUCGAUUGGAACAGGCCUAUUUGUCGGUAUCGGUUCUUACCUCCGUGAUGCCGGGCCUCUGUCCCUGUUCCUGGGGUAUCUCUUCUAUGGCGUUCUGUUCAUCUGGCCCACAAACCUAUGCGUGGGUGAGAUGUGCGCCUACCUGCCAAUCCGAGGAUCUAUCUUCGAACUAGCAGCGCGGUACAUCGAUCCAGCCUUCGGAUUUGCAAUGGGCUGGGUAUACUUUUACGGCGGACUCAUGCUUCUCUGCACCGAGUACUCCGCUGUGGCGACGGUGAUGCAGUACUGGAACACCAGCGUCAACCCAGCCGUCUGGGUCGCCAUGGCCAUGGUCGUAUGCUUCCUCCUGAACAUCGUCGCCGUAAAAUACUAUGGAGAGACCGAAUUCAUCAUGGCCUCCACCAAGAUCCUCCUUCUCAUCGCCCUGGCCGCCGGCGAGAUCGAAAACCCGCGCUUCACGAUUCCCCGCGUCGUCAAAAUGACCUUCUACCGUAUCGUCGGCUUUUACGUCAUUGGGGUCCUCGCCGUGAGUAUCAUCUGCUCCCCAAACGACCCUCGUCUCAUAAGCGCCAUCGAAUCCUCUGCUGCUGGAUCCGCCGCCUCUCCAUGGGUGAUUGGCAUCCAGAAUCUCGGCAUCCACGGCCUUCCCGGCUUCAUCAACUUCCUCAUCCUCCUAGCCGGCUGGUCCUGCGGAAAUGCCUACCUCUACAGCUCCAGCCGCACCCUCUACUCGCUCGCACGCGAUCACCAAGCCCCUGCCUUUCUCCUGAAAUGUACCUCCGCCGGAGUCCCUAUCAACUGCGUUCUCGUCGUCUCCCUCCUCUCUUGCAUCACAUUCCUCGUCGCCGAUACCUCUGCCGUCACGGUCUUCUACUGGUUCGUCGACCUCACCACCACCGCCUUUAUCCUCACCUACACCGGCAUGGUCUGCGUCUUCCUAGCCUGGUAUCGUGCGCUCAAGGCACAGGGCAUCGAUCGGAAGACGUUCCUCCCCUGGGCGUCGCCGUGUCAGCCGUACGCAGCUAUUGUGGCAUUGAUCAUUGGGUGCUUGGUGACGCUGUUUAAUGGGUUCACAGUGUUUGUCCCGUUCAGUGUAGAGGGGUUUAUCACUUCGUACUUCGGCGUGGCGUUCUGGGCCGUCAUGUUCCUGUUUUGGAAGGUGUAUCAGGGCACGAAGUGGGUGGAUCCGGCAAAGGCUGAUAUAUUUUCUGGCAAGGCUGAGGUCGAUGCUGAGUGUAGGGUUUGGGAAGAUGGAGGAUUCUUGGAGCGGCGGAGGGCGGAGUUGGCAAAGAUGCAUUGGGUGAGAAGGUGGUGGGAGAAGAUGUGGUAG